AUGCUCUCCUCAACACCAGCCUUCACCAUGAGGCUCAUCUCCCGUCGGCCCCUGAGAGCACGGUCUCUCUUCCACUCAUCCAGGCCAUUCUCCGCCUCGCCGUCUCCCAGGCGACCCUCGCCCCUCGCCUCUGCCGCAACCGCCAGAACCCAAGUCUACAUCUCCCGCUCGUCGGACCCCCUCCUCAACCUGUCCAUAGAGCACCACCUCCUCCAGACGACCCCCUCCGAGUCCACCGUGCUCUUCCUGUACACGAAUCGCCCCAGCGUCGUCAUAGGCCGCAACCAGAACCCCUGGCUCGAGCUCAACCUGCCCCUGCUGCACGCCUACGUCCCCCGCCCCGCAACCCAAGGCCGAGGAGACGACGGCAAGGACGGUCACACCGCCGGUGUCACCCUCGUGAGACGACGCUCCGGCGGCGGCAGCGUCUUCCAUGAUGCCGGCAACGUCAACUUUAGUGUCAUCUGCCCGCCUGCCGCCUUCGACCGCGACCGCCACGCCGAGAUGGUCGUGCGCGCCCUCCGUGGUCUCGGCGUUCCCGGCGCCCGCGUCAACUGCCGCCACGACAUUGUCGUAGACGUCGGCGCCGACGCUGACGCUGGCAAGGCUGGUGUCAGGGCACCGCCGCAGGCCUCGUCGGCCCCGGCGCCCGAGACCUGCGCCGCCAACAAGGGGCCCGAGGACGGCAAGGCGACGUUCAAGGUGUCUGGGUCGGCGUACAAACUAACGAGGUUGCGGUCGCUGCAUCACGGCACGUGUCUGCUGUCGUCGCCGAACCUCGGUUCCAUCGGGCAGAUGCUGCGGUCGCCCGCCGAGCCCUUCAUCAAGGGCCGCGGCGUCGAGAGUGUGCGCUCGCCGGUGCGCAACGUCGGCGUCGGCAACGAGGAGUUUGAGGGCGCCGUUGUCCGCGAGUUUGGCGCCAUGUAUGGUGCCUUUGACGUCAUUGCUGAGGUGGAUGAGGACGCCGCUGAGUUGGAGAGCGUGCGAAAGGGCAUGAAGGAGCUGCAGCGACAGUUCAACCUGAGCUUCGAGGCUCGCCAGGGCGUGCUACAGAGCUUCGUCCUCGGCAGCACGUCGCCUGCGGGCGAAAAGUGGUCAGUCGCAUCGCUUACCGAUGCCAAAAUACACGACGUCAACGACUGGGUGGAGCGCCUUCGCGGAGGCGGCGUCAACAGCGAUCGGGCCUCGGCGAUCGGCUCCUGGCUCAACGGCCUUUUAGGCGCCGGUGGCGGUCGGUGA